UUUGGUGGGAAACGCUGUAAUUUCCUUUUUUACUUUCACAGCAAUAGUGCAGAACUCAGAAUGAAUGUCCUCUUAGUAGCCAUCCUUGCUGUGUCACUUAUCCUGGGGCAGGAAUAUGAGGAUGAAACACUGGAAGAGGUUGAAUAUUAUCAAGUGGAGUAUUACUACACAGUCACCCCAAAUUACGAUGACUUUGGUGCAAAUUUCACCAUUGAUUAUUCCGUGUUUGAGUCAGAGGACAGGCUGAACAGGUUGGACAAGGAAGUAACAGAAGCUGUAGAGACUACCAUUAGUCUUGUAACAGAACAUGCAGACCAACAGAAGCCUGUAACAAUGAAACCAGUGACAAUGGAUCCAAGUCCAGAUCUGAAUGAUGCUGUGUCCUGUCUUCAGAGUCCUGUUCCCCUUCUCCUGUCCUGGGCCCUCGUUCAGGGAGGGAUGCUUCUCAUGUAGAAGGAGAAAGAAGGCUGCUACAACUCUUUGGAUGGGGAAUUGGGAGGAGGAAUUGGGAAGACAAAGAAUAAAUAUAAUCUGUUUACUCUUCUCCUUCAUGAAGGUCUGUUCUAAAACCACAACAUUAAAGAAAACACCAGGAUUUAUAGGUGGGAAGGGUAGAUUAGAAAGGUGAUCGCUCUUUCUCCCUUUUUAUAACCAUUCUUUUUUGGGUCUAAAAGCAGUAUGUUGUCUGUGGAUGCACUUCUCCAUUCAUCCGAAAAUUUCAGGUUUAUUCACAGUCCAUAAUUCUCUGAUUCUAUUGUUUUAUUUUAUCAUAUGUGGGGUUGAGACAAUGUGGAGAAAGACGAGGUUUAUUUAGAACACAUUUUCCUUUUUAUAAAAAAGCAUAUUGUUAAAAAUCUGUAAAAUACGAAAAACUACUGAGAAUGGAUUUGAAAUGGUCACAUCUUUCUCCCCGCCCCAAACUACGUGUCUUUUGCACUUAGUAAAUUAAGGCAACAACAGAUUAAAAAAAAACAAAAAUUGAAAAUUCUAACCGGGAUGUGUGCUGCCCCCUCGCGGUCUCUUCAAUGACACAGCUUCAUCUAGCCCAGUCCCUGGGCCUCUCUCUCCUUUCUUCCCAGCUAUUUUGACACUUGAUUCCCUCCCACCUUCAAAGCCUUUCGAAUCUUCUCCAGAGGACAAAUAAAGAAACUGAACCUAGGCAAAGCCAUAGCCUAGGAGAUUGGAGACCUACCCCACUUUGUUGCGUGUACUCUGAAUCGUCAACUCACGACUCAGGAUCCCUGGGAGCCUGGGUGGAAAAGUCAGGAACAGCCCGCGAGUCCUAGCGGACUGGCAUCUGAGCUCGUAACGUGCGUGGCAGGUUAUGUAAAGAAAGGGCUGGAGGAGCCGCCCCAGUGGGCGCCCGGGAGAGAACGCGGUGUUCUCGGCGGCAGUCCCCACCCUCCUCCAACUUGGAGAGGGGGAGGGUGAAACAGAGACCAGGGAGUCACGAGUCCUGGGGCCGCCGCGAGAGGUAGACGAUCCA